AUGUCCAAAUCACAUGCAAACCGUCCAUGUAUAAGCAUAGGUUUACUUGGUUUGUUGAUUAGUAUUGUUUACUUGGCAGCCAAUCAUAGACUUAUAUUGCAUGUGAAGUCGAUUCCCACAGUACAAAUACAAUCAAAAUCAGUUGUGAUGAAACCACGAGCGUAUAUCAUUACGGCCGAUUGUUAUUCAACACGUUUUAAUGCAACCAAGCAAAAUGUUGAACGGGCAUUUCCCAACUUUUUCGAAGUCGUAUGUUUUCUAGCAAUUCCGUUAAAUGAUUCUCGAAUAUCGUUUCAUUCGUCGGCGAUUCUAUUCCGAAAAUGGGCAUCCAAUCUGCUAGCUUUUGUUGAGCUUUGGACCUACGAAAUUCCUAAACAUUGUGCUCAGAAUGAAUUGCAAUGGUCUUUUAUUUUCGAAGAUGAUGUGAACUUUUAUGAUCUAUCGAAAGUAUCUUUGAAGAAUUAUAUUAGUCCUCUACAAGAAAUGAUGUCACAUCCUGAUGUUCACUUAAAAGAUGGUUUCUUCUAUUUAGGCAUAUGUGAACCUAAAUACAACAAGGAUACGCAAAUGAUUGUAUUGAAAGAUACAAACAAUAGUGUGAUAAGUAAACGGAAUUAUGGAUAUUGUCUUCAUGCAACGGCAAUAACAGCGAAGCGAUCUCGAAUAUUCUGGGGUGAAAUUGCUUCCUAUCGUCCGAAUGCGAACGAAAAGUCUUUAGAUUAUCAAUUACGCGAAUUCAGUAUGCGAAGUAAAAGUUAUUUUUAUACAUUCGGAAGUAAUUUACACUAUCCACCUGGAACUGGACAUUUUGGAGUUGCGUUCCAAGAUCGAGGAAAGUUCUGGUCAACCGUAACAUAA